GUGUGUGUGCGUGCGUGUGUGUAUGUGUGUGUGUGCGUGUGUGUGUGAGUGUGUGCGUGCGUGUGUGUAUGUCACAGUGUUUCAUCAAUGCAAAUGGAACAUGAUGUGAACUGAACUGACACACAGGUGCAGUGGGACUUCAAUAUACAGUCAGUACAGUAGAUUUGGAUCAAACACUCAGAGUCCACUGAGGAGAGACACAGAGGGAGGAAGAUCAGAAACAAUCACUCAGACGAUAUGUGUGUAAACUCUUCUUCAUCCUCCAAUGACUCCCUUCUUCAUCCAAACCCUUCCUCCAACAUCCAUUUCUCCUUUGACAUGGAGUGUUUCAUCUCCAGACCAGGUUCCUUCAUCUUCACCUCAUACAUGAUCACCAGCAUCCUCCUCCUCCUCCCUCUCUGCAUCUUCAUCAUGUAUCAUGGUCUCCAACAAUGGAGACUAAAUCACUCCACCUCCUCAGCAGCAACCAUGAGUCACUCUGACAGCUUCACCUACAACAUGGUCACCAUGGAGAUGAUUGGAGUCUUUGGAUCUGUCCUCUGUUGUUGUGGGAUCUACAGCGAUCAUUUCAACAUAAUCAUUGUGGCGUACAGCCUGAUGUCUUUCAGCUGGUCUGGCGAGAUUUACUUCCACGUCCUGACCUGUGUGGAGCGCUACCUGGCUGUGGUUCAUCCCAUCACCUACCUGAGCCUGAGAACAGAGAGAGGGAUCAGAAUCAGGAACAUCAGCAUCAGCUGUGUCUGGAUGCUUUCCUUUGCAGGGACAGUUCUGUUGAUGGAAGAGAAUGUUUUAUUCAUUGUGUAUUUCUGCAUCCUAACAACAUCUUUAACAGUCGUCUGCUUCUGCAGCGUUUCUGUUCUCCGUGUUCUGAUUGGUCCAGGUCCAGGGGAACAGGGUGGGGGCAGGAAGAGGGUUGACCAAUCAAAGCUGAGGGCGUUCUACACCAUUCUGGUCAUACUGGUAGUGCUGGUGUUCAGAUUUACUUGGAAUCUAGUUUGGGGUGUAAUCUAUGUAUUGGGAAGAGCAGAAUGUGUGCUUAUGACAACUGGUUUCUGGUUGAAUCUUCCCAGCACUCUGGUGUUGCCUCUGCUGUUUCUACACAGAGCAGGAAAACUGGUGUGUUGGAAGAACAAGAUUUAGUCGGAAAAGGGCUGAAUUCAAAACGAUGACAAUAACCACAGGUUGGGACUUUGCAAAAAAUUCAAAAACAAGCUGACACAGACUCACAUAAUACUGUCUUUUACAGAUUUGUGAAUCUAGCAAUAAAAUUUCAGAAAAAAAUGUUUUUUUAACCAUCCUCAUGUUGACCUUCACCUUCUUCUCAAAAAUCCAGUGUCUUUCAUUGCCAAAUGUUGGACUUUCCUCACCAGCCUGUUGCUCAGUUUGUGUGAAGCUGUCUGCUGAGGCUUCAGAUGAAGCUGAUGAGAACUCUGAGGCUGAACCAAGCAGUAAAUGAGCUGAUAAGAAAAGAUAAACCAGGCUUUAAACAUGGUCAGAGGUGCAGGAGUCAGAGACAAUCAUUUAUCACUUCAAAGGGAGUCAUUUAUUCCAUGUUCAUAAACAGUUGGUUCCAUUUACAGAUGGCAGCACAAUUCUAAACGGUCCAGAGGUUUGAAUGUGAGUGUUCUUGGUUGUAGCCCUGUGAUGGACUGGUUACCUGUCCAGGUGAACCCUGCCUACCCCCUCAGUCAGCUGGGAUAGACGUCAGGCCCACCGUGACCCCAGAGAGGAUGAAGCAGUGUCUAGAUAAUGGAUGGUUAGUUUUACACAAUAACUUCCUGUGUUGUGUUCACGUCCAACUCCCCACUCCACACAUUCAUCUGUAUAUAUAAAGUACAGUUUUAUCAAUUAUGUUGCUCUGAUUUCUCUUAUUUCUCUAUUUUAAGAAUUUUGAAACUUCAGAUUUGAUGGAAGUUAAAUAUUUACUCCAGUUUAUGUUGAAUUCAUUAUUGUGUUUGCUGUAGUCCUGAGUUUCCAUGAUUUUAGCUUCUGUUCAAUUGAUAUUACAUGAGAAACUCUUUUUAAUCUGUGGUUUAGAAAAUUUCUAAAUGUUUAUUCUUCAAAACUGAAAUCAUUGUGAUUCUGCUCCUCUGAACUCAUGUCAUUCCACUCCUCAGUCACACAUCAAACAAUGCUCCUUUAUAUUCAUGUCAUUUUACUAUUUGCUUUUUAUUACCAUUUAUUUCAUUGAUUCAUAUUUUUCCGUUUUACUGACAUUCUGGAAACUCAUCGGCCUACAGUUUAAUCAUCUUGUAAUCCUUCUUGUGUUUCAUUGUAGUUUUGUAAAAUAUUAAUUGUUUCAGUGCUUUUGCUGUUUAAAUAAAAGAACUAA